AUGUCAGCAUUAAAAAAGAACUCCAAAUCAAAAUUUAUUUCUGAAGAUAUAAAUGAUUUCAUCAACGAAUCACAGUUUUUAAAUGAUUCGCCUAAGAAAAAACAAAAACGUAGAGGAGACACAAGUGAGAAAGAUGUUCCAAAUUUAGUUGCCUUAAGUACUGCUAAUAACAAAAAAAGGAAAAUAAAUGAGGGCAUUGAAGCCUGUGGUGAAUCUCGCCAGAAGAUUUUACAUGUGAUGAGUCGUCAACUAGAUUUAAGGAAACAAAUUAAUGAGAAUCUAUUGAGAAGCCUCUCUGAAGUAUUAAAUAAUUUAGAAGCUGAUUACAAUGCACUUAAAGAAAAUGAACAGAAACUUGAACAUCUCACGGGAUCUUUUAUGAAGUGUCUACAGCAAGCAACUGCGGCACAUAAACAAAAAUUAAGAGCCUUUAAAGAAAUUCACAUGACAUUCAAGAAAGAAUGUGAGGAAAUGGAUGUUGACCAAAAGGCUGAAAUGGAUAAACUAGGCGAAGAACUUGAAGAAGAUAUUAACAAGUUGAAACAAAAACUAAUAUCUGAAACAAAGCGUAAUGGAUGGGAAACAUUAAGAAGAUCUUUUAUUCAAGCCAUGCAAAACGACUUUUAA